UCUCUUUCUCACUUUCCACACACACACAGGGAAAUACUGAAAGAGAAAGAGUCCUCCAAUGGAACUCACAACCUUCUUAGAGAUCGAUUGAUAUAAUUAAGCUGCGAUUCUCCGACCCACCUAUUAUUGAAUCGCGGAACGAACUUCUAGUCUUCCGCGAUUCUCUCUAAUCAAAUCUCCAAUCAAUCGUAGAAACACAAUUUACACCCAUAUAACCAUGGCCAAUGUUAUUCGAUUCUCAUCCCAUCCCACUGCUUUAUCGUCUUCUUUACUCAACUCCGUUUCCUCCUCUUUCAAUUCCCUGCAUGUGGGUUUUCUACCCAGUCAAAGGGUUUUCAAGGGUAUUCACUCUCCCGCUGAUUCUGAUGCUUCUUCUUCUUCUGCUGUUUCUCUAUUUGGUUCCAGACCCAGAAAUCAAUUCGACUUUUUCAAGUUGAACGCAGUUAUUACUGGGACUGAACAGCCAAAAUGGUGGGAGAAAAAUGCAGGACCGAAUAUGAUUGACAUUCAUUCUACAGAGGAGUUUCUUGAUGCAUUAGGUCAGGCUGGAGAAAAGUUAGUCAUUGUCGAAUUCUAUGGAACUUGGUGUGCUUCUUGUCGAGCAUUGUUCCCCAAGCUGUGCAAAACGGCUCAAGAACACCCUGAAAUUUUGUUUCUGAAAGUUAACUUUGACGAGAAUAAAACAAUGUGCAAAAGCUUGAAGGUGAAAGUACUCCCGUUUUUCCAUUUCUAUCGAGGAGCAGAUGGACUUCUCGAGUACUUCUCUUGUUCACUUGCUAAGUUUCAGAAGAUUAAGGAUGCAAUUGAAGCAAACAACAAGACUGGUGUUUCCAGCAGUGAAUUGUCAAAUGGUGCUAGAAAAAUAAGUCUAGAAAUGCUAGCUGCUCAAGCUGACAAAGCCAUCUAAAACUGAUAUGUUUUGUAUAUCUUUGUUUUCAUUAUAUUGUGUUAUAUGAUUCACAUGUUAGCUCUUAUUUUAUGAUAUCUUCAAGUAAAAAAUGUAAAUAUAUCUCCCCCAUUGAAUUUCAUUAUUAUGCCCACUCUUGUUUGUUUUCGGAGAUGAACUUUCAAGAUUGGCUAAUGAAAUUUAAGAUUGUUUACGCCAA